AUGACGCCUAACUCGCGCGCUGGAACUUCCGCCACGGGCCCAGAGGGCUAAGUUCUGUGCGGGCCCGAGAAGCUGGUCAGGUGGAGACGCUGCAGGGCUAGUGCCAAGAUUUCGACCUGGGUUCUUCGGGUGGGAUUUGGAGCCCGGCCCCCCUCGGCUGCUGCAGUCUUGCUCUGCCGUUGUGCGGAACCUGGGCGGAAGACGUAACUGCUUUCGGGACCUAGGCGCUCUGGGGACAUGACCAUGGCUGCUGGCCCGGGCUCCCAGGAGCCGGAAGGGCUCCUAAUCGUGAAGCUGGAGGAGGACUGCACCUGGAGCCAGGAGGUACCCCCGCCGGACCCAGAGCCCAGCCCUGAGGCCUCCCACCUGCGUUUUCGGCGGUUCCGCUUUCAAGAGGCCUCUGGUCCCCGAGAGGCCUUGAGCCAGCUUCAGGAGCUUUGCCAUGGGUGGCUGCGUCCGGAGAUGCGCACCAAGGAGCAGAUACUGGAGCUAUUGGUGCUGGAGCAGUUCCUGACUAUCCUUCCCCAAGAGAUUCAGAGCAGGGUGCAGGAGCUGCGCCCAGAGAGCGGCGAAGAAGCAGUAACCCUUGUGGAGCGUCUGCAGAGAGAACUUGGGAAACUGAGGCAACAGGUCACAAACCAAGGGCGGGGAGCAGAAGUGCUUUUGGAGGAGCCUUUGCCACUGGAAACAGCAGGAGAGUCACCGAGCUUCAAGCUGGAGCCCAUGGAGACUGAGCGAAGCCCUGGUCCCAGGCUGCAGGAGCUGCUAGACCCCAGCCCCCAAAGGGACCCCCAGGCUGUAAAGGAGAGGGCAUUAUCUGCUCCCUGGCUCUCCCUCUUUCCUCCUGAAGGGAAUAUGGAAGAUAAGGAUAUGACUGGUUCCCAGUUGCCCGAGAACUUGGAGGACAUGGCGGUGUAUAUCUCUCAGGAGUGGGGCCGUCAGGAUCCUAGUACGAGAGCUCUCUCAAGGGACAUGGUUCGAGAUGGUUAUGAGAACGUGGGCACGCUAGAGUCUUGCAUUCCUGGUCAGGAGGCCUUAAGCACCCAGACGGAGCCAGGAGGGAGGCCGUGGGACCCUAGUGUGUCGAGCUACAAGGGAGGCGGGAGCCCCAGAGACCCAGUUCCAGGGGUAGAAAAAUUUGAGAACUCAGAAAGAAGCGGUGCGUCUGUCUCUCCCGAGAGUCCCCAUCCUCCAGUACUGCUGCCUGGCCAGGCCAGAAGGGAGGUGCCCUGGAGUCCUGAGCAGGGAAGACCUGAUGACAGAGAAGAAGGACAUUGGGAAUGUCCCCCAGGGGACAAAAUAGAGGAGUCGUUAGUGGGAACCACAAGUUGUAGAGGGCUGGUGCAGCCAAAGGAACUGCCCAAGAAGCUCCAUUUGUGUUCUCUGUGCGGCAAGAAUUUCUCUAAUAACUCCAACCUCAUUAGGCACCGGAGAAUACACGCGGCAGAAAAACUGUGCAUGGAUGUAGAAUGUGGUGAAGUCUUUGGUGGGCACCCACAUUUUCUGUCACUGCACAGAACACACGUGGGAGAGGAAGCCCAUAAGUGCCUUGAAUGUGGAAAAUGCUUCAGUCAGAACACCCACCUCACCCGCCAUCAGCGCACCCACACGGGGGAAAAGCCCUACCAGUGCAGUGUCUGUGGGAAAAGCUUCUCCUGCAACUCCAACCUCCACAGACACCAGAGGACACACACUGGGGAGAAGCCCUACAAGUGCCCUGAGUGUGGGGAGAUCUUCGCCCACAGCUCCAACCUGCUUCGGCACCAGAGGAUCCACACCGGCGAGAGGCCCUAUCGGUGCCGGGAGUGUGGGAAAAGUUUCUCUCGCAGCUCACAUCUCGUCAUUCACGAGAGAACCCACGAGAAAGAGAGACUCGACCCUUUCCCUGAGUGCGGACAAGGAAUGAAUGACAGCACCCCCUUUCUUACAAACCCCGGAGCCCACAGAGUGGAGAAGAAACUCUUUGAAUGUUCAACUUGUGGGAAAAGUUUCCGGCAGGGCAUGCACCUUACCCGACAUCAGAGAACACACACAGGAGAAAAACCGUAUAAGUGUUCCCUUUGUGGGGAAAACUUCUCUCAUAGAUCCAACUUAAUCAGGCACCAGAGAAUUCACACAGGAGAGAAGCCCUACACCUGCCAUGAGUGUGGAGACAGUUUCUCACACAGUUCCAACCGGAUUCGCCACCUGAGAACCCACACGGGAGAAAGGCCGUAUAAAUGUUCUGAAUGCGGAGAAAGCUUCUCCCGGAGCUCCCGCCUUACAAGUCACCAGAGAACUCACACUGGCUAGAGACAGUUUUGACAAAAGUUGUCAGAGGUUGUUAUCCAGAGCUGGUAUUCUUUGCCCAUUUGGUGUAUUUUGCUGGUAACUAAUAUAAAGAAAAAGUGAAACUUAUUUUAAGGGAGAUUCAGAGGUGAAAAAGUAGCUUAAAACUAAAAAGUUCAGUCUCUAGAAGGAAGAACUCAAGUUCUUUGAAGUCUCCUGCCCAGAGCCCCUUUUCUCUCUGUUCUUGGGUAUACCUACUUUGUUUGACUACAGUAUGGUUUAGGUGCUGUACUGAUUCUAGUAUUCCAGCAGGGACUUCAAUUCCCUCUUUAUUUGUGACAUUUAGCAGGAGAGUUUGGGCUCCUGAGGCCCUUGAGCCAAAGAAGGGCUAGUUGUUCAGCUGGGAGACCAGUUGAAGGUCAACAAGACUGAUUUUAAGUUGCAUCUUUUUGAAGGGCACUGGCUGGGAAGUCCCGGGCAGUCUAGUUCUACCAUUGCAAUACUCCUCUGAGUAGUUUGGCAGGAGUGCUCAUUGGCAUAUAACGUGACCUCAGAAAAAAGGGAACCAGAGGCAUAGGAAGUCCUAAGUCUGCAGGUGAGCCCAGCCUUUUACAAUUUAAAUGGGUUUGUGGCUACAGUGUACCUUUCCAGAGACUGAGACUCUCUUCCCCUGCCAGAGAUGCACUGUGCUCUAGAGACAUGUUUCUGGGUGCAAGUUUCUGUGAUUCCUCAGAAACAAAACAGAUCCUAAAGAAAUUAGGAAUUUUGUCUUUCCCUGUUGAAAAUGUUUGAAAGGUUUAUAAUAAAUAUCUCCCAGGAAACAUGA